CAUAAUUAAAUGGAUCAACAUCUUCCAUCAGCGUCCAACAUAGAAAGGAGAAAAACCAAUUCUGAAGACCUAGAAAUUAAGAAGAUAUUUGGGGAGAUAGAAGAGAUAGAGGAUGCAGUUGAACGGAGUUUCAAUCGUUUCAGGAACUUCGACAUAAUUAGCCAUCCUCCUCGUGAUCACCAUUACUUGAGUUACAGGCCUCACGGUUUGGAAAAGACUGUUUGUGGAUCUAAUUUCAGCAGAAGGAUUGAACAAGAAUGGAGUCUAUUGGCUGAAAACAUACCGAAUUCUAUUUUCGUAAGGGCAUAUCAACAUAGGAUUGAUCUACUGAGGGCAGCCAUUAUUGGCCCACCGGGCACUCCCUAUCACCAUUGCUUGUUCUUCUUCGACAUAUGUUUCCCGAGAAACUAUCCAUCUACUCCACCAAAGCUCCAUUACCGCUCCUAUAACCUUGAUUUGAACCCAAGCCUAUGGCGUGAUGGCAGGGUUUGCCUUACCCCUUGUGAAACAUGGUUCGACCGCCUGAAGCAGAAUUGGCUAGGAAACAAUAACAAAGGGAAGUGGAACCCUAAUGAGUCUAAUCUUCUGCAAGUUCUUAGAGGGAUUCAGGAUCUAAUCUCGAGUUCAAGCCCACAUUCUCUGGAGCAUUCUCGUUUCAUGUCAACGUGUGAGAAGAUGAUUAGGAUUUUAAGACAACCUCCACAGGAUUUUGAAGAUUUCGUGGCGGGACACUUCAGGAAAAGGGCUCAUCCAGUUUUGCUUAAAUUCAAAGAAAACAAUUAUGACAGCAAGCUUAUGAUCGAUCUGUUCGUGAGUUUGUUUAAGGCGUUUGAAACGAAUGGAGCUUAUUGCAAGCACCAUCUAGAUUUCUUGAGACCAAGAAACCAGCAAAAUCAGUAAUGCAAGAUGUGGAAGCAGGAAUCAGGAAUAGCAAAGGCCAUGAAUAUAGCGAAG